AUGGAUUUCACGAGCCUCGACGCAAUCGAGUUCUUUCAGGACAACAAAAAGCACAUUCGCGCCUACUACCAGGGUAAAGAUGACCUGAUUCGGGAGUCGUCGUUUGAAGAUGGACAUGGGUGGUUCACGAGAGGAGAUGGCGUCAUCGCAUCCAAUGCGAAGAGCAAGUCUCCCAUCACGGCCACCAGUUGGAACGUGGGCAACGAGUCUCAGAUUCGGCUAUACUAUUUGGAUAACCAAUAUAACAUCUGUGAGUGUCAGGGCCACCACACGUCCGGCGUGACCACUUGGGCCUACAGUGUUAUUUUGCAAAACGGAAAUGUUGCGCCGGGAUCGCAACUAGCCGUCGCUCGUCCCGAGAAGGAUGAUACCAAGCUCCGUGUAUUCUACCAGGAGAAUCCCGAUACCAGCGGCAAACAUCCAGUGCGCGAGAUUCUUCGCCUGUCCGCCGUUUCCGCUAGGAAAUCUAAAGAUGUGCGUCUCUAUUAUCAGGGUGAGAGUGGCUUCAUCAUGGAAAGCUUUUGGGAUAAUGCGGGGAUUGGGCGGUGGGAGACGAAUGACUCCAUCCCGCCAUAUCAACUUGUUCCGAAAGCUCCCAUCAGCGCUCUUUGCUGGUAUGCCGGCGAUGAUUCGGACAAUUCGAAUCUUCGCAUCCGGAUCUACACCAUCUUGGAGUCCCAUGGCGACCAAAUCGCCGAGCUGUCGUACCAGGAAGGGUGGGAUACCGAGCCAGGUAUUGUCGCCCACGACGCCCUCUUGGGUGGUGCUCAGCCUCCGUCACAGCGAGUUGAAUAUUCCGCCGUCGCGGCCUCUCGAGAUACCAAGGCUGAUUUGUAUCGCCCCAACUGCGUCUUUUACCAACCUGGACCCGAUGUGAUCAACGUCACGCCCGUGGCGGCUGAUGACGGCGAGGAGUAUGAUAGGGAGGCUUCAAAUGUCGUUACCCCAGGGGGAAUCCCCAAAUCUCGCGAUGCCCUCAAUCACCGAGUCCCGCAGACGUCCGGUACAACUGGAACUCAUGCCGAGGUCGCCCAGUUGACCGCAGAACUGACGAGCAAGGAUGCCGAAAUCAACCGGCUAACUGGAUUGCUGGCUGCAGCCAAUAUUGGUAGUCUUUCGCCGUCCGACUUUGGAAGCAGCUUCACCACAUGGCAGGAUGUGAAGGCGGAGUACGAUCGUACAAAGGCAGAUUUAAUCGCGUGUCGGAAUACAAUGUAUACGCAGGCGGAUUUUGAUGGUGUUCGAGCAUCAGCUGAUCAGCGGUAUGCGUCUUUGGAGAGUGUUCAUCUGGACUCGAUUGAGAAACAAAAAGAGUUCGCUCGUUGGACGGCUGGUAUUGUUGGGGGUUUGGCCCGGGCCUUUGGUCCUGUUGCCUGGGGUGUUUCUUAUGCUAAGUGGAAGGGUGAUUUGGAUUAUGUGGUUGCCAAUGGUGUUGCUAGUGGCAUGCACUCGUAUGGUUUUGAUGAAUACAGCAAAGGGCAGAAUUAUUCAGGUUGGUGA